AUGUAUAAGAACAGACAUGCUACGGCAAACCGCCCGACUCGCAUCCAUCAUCCACAACAGACCAAUUCGCAAAUGAACAAACAAAAAAUACAAAACACUACUAAAGCUAGAAGUGACAGUAUAGCAUCUGAGGAAUCAGUUGAAACAGUAGCAG